AUGUCUACCGACCAAGAUUUUGUGCGUUCGAAUAUUUUUGGUACUGUCUUUGAGACAACAACUCGAUACUCUGAUUUAAAUCCAAUUGGAAUGGGCGCAUUUGGACUAGUUUGUUCUGCUAAGGAUAAACUAACAAAUCAAAAUGUUGCAAUUAAAAAAGUGAUGAAACCUUUUUCCACUCCGGUGUUGGCGAAAAGGACUUAUAGAGAGCUAAAAUUGUUAAAUCAUUUAAGACACGAAAACCUUAUAUCAUUGGAGGAUAUCUUUUUAUCACCAUUAGAAGAUAUUUAUUUUGUUACAGAUUUACAAGGUACGGAUUUACAUAGAUUGCUGACCUCCAGACCAUUGGAAAAACAGUUUGUUCAAUAUUUUCUCUACCAGAUUUUACGUGGUUUAAAGUAUGUUCAUUCAGCUGGUGUUAUUCAUAGAGAUUUAAAGCCUUCAAACAUUUUGGUUAACGAAAACUGUGAUUUGAAGAUUUGCGACUUUGGUUUAGCUCGUGUUCAGGACCCUCAAAUGACAGGCUAUGUCUCAACAAGAUAUUACAGAGCUCCCGAGAUUAUGCUAACUUGGCAAAAAUACGAUACCGAGGUUGAUAUUUGGUCUGUUGGCUGUAUCUUUGCUGAAAUGAUAGAGGGCAAGCCAUUGUUCCCAGGUAAGGAUCAUGUUCAUCAGUUUUCUAUUAUUACUGAAUUAUUGGGAUCUCCACCACCAGAUGUUAUCGAUACAAUUUGUUCUGAGAAUACGUUGAAGUUUGUCCAGUCAUUACCGCACAAGGAAGCAGUGCCUUUUACCGAACGAUUCAAAGGUGUCGACCCUGAUGCAAUUGACUUGUUAUCUAAAAUGUUGGUUUUUGAUCCAAGAAAAAGGAUCACGGCGGCGGAAGCAUUGGCACAUCCUUAUUUAGCUCCAUAUCAUGAUCCAAGUGAUGAGCCGGUCAGUGAGGAGAAAUUCGAUUGGUCUUUCAACAAUGCUGACUUGCCAAUCGAAAACUGGAAAAUUAUGAUGUAUUCUGAAAUUCUAGACUUCCAUGAAAUUGAAGGUGCUGGUACUUUUGACAAUGCCAACCUACAGCAAUAUGAAAACCACAUAUUAGAGCAACAACAAAUACAGGGUCAAAAUAAUAUCAAUCAGCACCACGAGCACCAACAACAACAGCAAUAA